CUCGGGAGGUUACAGCAAAGACGGCCCCUUUUCAUGGCGGAACUCCUUCAGUUGCAGGGGUGGAUUCGAAGAUGAAGCAUUUAAGUUGACGCUGAUCAGUGAUUGCUCUCUUUCCCCGAAGCUAAACGCGGGAAAACCUAAAUUCUCACCAUGUCUCCUUCAGCCACUUCUCUUUCUACGCGACUCGCCGUGCUCGGCCUCCUCUCCGCCACCACCAUCUUCUUCUUCUACAAGUCGCGUCGCCACCUCCUCCGCCGCCUCAAGGCCUCCACAUUACUCCCUGCCCAGAAUCCUACCCGUAACUCUAGAGGCAAAAUAUUCUUUCUUUCUGAAACCGGCACUUCCAAAACCCUAGCUCAUCGCCUGCGCGCCUUCCUGGCCCUCAAGGAUCUGCAGUUUGACCUCGUUGACCCUAGGGAUUAUGAGCCUGAGGAUUUGCAUAAAGAAAGUGUAGUUCUCAUUGUAGCCUCCACCUGGGAAGACGGGAAGCCUCCUAAAAAUGGUGGGUUUUUAGGGAAUUGGUUAACCGAGAGCUCUGAUGACUUCAGAGUUGGAGCUUUGUUGCUCAGCAAGUGUAAAUUUGCAAUCUUUGGUGUUGGCAGUAGGUCUUAUGGUGAGACGUUUAAUGCUGUUGCUAAAGAUUUUUCGAAAAGAUUGCGCAAACUUGGGGGUGCUGAGGUUUUGGGGGUCUGUGAGGGGGAUGUAGAUGAGGGGAAUGUGGAUGAGGUGUUUGAUGAAUGGUGUAAGAGAUUGGCUAGGAUUUUGAAAGGUAAUAAUUGUGGUGAAAAUGGAAGGUGCUCUUCUAAUGGUGUUGUUGAGGAGAGUGAUGGUGAGGUCAGUGACUAUGAUGAUUAUGAUAGUGAGAUAGAGGAAAAUGGAGAGGACAAUGGGAUUGUUGAUCUUGAGGAUAUUGCCGGUAAAGCGCCAUCAAGUAAAACAAUGGUGAAACCUAAGGCCAAUGGGAAGGCAAAUGGCGAAACAUUAAAUGGGGAGAAAGAAAUGGUUACUCCUGUUAUCAGGGCCAGUUUGGAGAAGCAGGGGUAUAAAAUAAUCGGUUCACAUAGUGGUGUGAAAAUUUGUAGAUGGACAAAAUCACAACUUCGAGGGCGUGGAGGUUGCUACAAGCAUUCCUUUUAUGGCAUUGAGAGCCACAGGUGCAUGGAGGCAACCCCUAGUUUAGCCUGUGCCAACAAAUGUGUUUUCUGUUGGAGACAUCAUACAAACCCUGUAGGGAAAAGCUGGCGGUGGAAGAUGGAUGCUCCUUUGGAAAUUGUGGAAACUGCAAUAGAGUUGCACUCGAAAAUGAUAAAACAAAUGAAAGGAGUUCCAGGUGUUAAAGCAGAUCGCUUGGCUGAGGGUCUUUCUCCUAGGCAUUGUGCAUUAUCACUUGUUGGUGAACCUAUUAUGUAUCCAGAGAUAAAUUCACUUGUAGAUGAGUUGCAUCGGAAGCGGAUUUCAACUUUUCUAGUAACAAAUGCACAAUUCCCUGAAAGGAUAAUGAUGCUAAAACCAAUCACACAGUUAUAUGUUAGUGUUGAUGCUGCUACAAAGGAGAGUUUGAAAGCAAUUGAUAGACCACUAUUUGGAGACUUCUGGGAGCGAUUUAUGGACUCCUUGAAAGCUCUUAAGGAGAAGCAACAACGAACUGUCUACCGCUUGACACUAGUUAAAGGGUGGAAUACAGAAGAUGUAGACGCCUAUUCUAGCCUAUUCAGCAUUGGAAACCCCGAUUUCAUUGAAAUCAAGGGUGUUACUUAUUGUGGAUCGUCUGCUACAUCAAAGUUAACAAUGGAGAAUGUGCCAUGGCAUUCCGAUGUGAAGGAGUUCUCCGAAGCCUUGGCUAAAAAAAGCAACGGGGAGUAUGAAGUUGCAUGUGAACACGUGCAUUCUUGUUGUGUCCUUCUAGCCAAAGUCGAGAAGUUUAAGAUCGAUGGCCAGUGGUUCACGUGGAUAGACUACGAGAAGUUUCACGAUCUGGUCGCUUCUGGAAAACCCUUUAGAAGCGGAGAUUACAUGGCUCCCACACCAUCGUGGGCGGUGUAUGGAGCAGAGGAAGGCGGGUUUGAUCCAGAGCAAUCGCGCUACAAAAAGGAGAGGCAUCACAGAUCAACUCGCUGAGAAUGUUACCAUGGCUUCUGAAAGCUUUCUUGUUUUACUGCCAUGGAUGAUGGCCUACAAUUUUGAUCAUUCUAUUAUCUGUUUUAUCUGCCAUUGCUGAAGAAGUUUAUGUUAUAGAACUUAUAGUAUUAUAUUGAUCAUCAUACAUCAUCCUCUUUUGGAUGAUGAGACAUUUAAAUAGCUUCUGAAACAUAGUUUGAUCUUACAGGUUGAUAUAAUUCUCUGUUUAAGAGAAUAGUUUAAACAAAAUAGCAUAUUACAACACUUUCUACUCU